UUUGUCUGGAGACACUUGGUAUUGUAGAGUACCCCGAGAAAAGCGGUUUUUUGUUGUGGUUUGAACUUUGAACCAACCCUAAACAGCUGGGCGAUCUGUUUCGCCUUCUUUAUUUCCGUAUAAACACUUGGGGUUUCUCAUCUGGGUUAACCAUCAAACACCUCGUCUGCUACCUUUCUCCUGCACGCCGUGAACUUUUCUUGGCCGUCUCUUGCCCUCUUUGUUAUAUGUCAUCAACGUGUUUGUCGAAUUUCCUGUGAGAACUUUUCGUAUUGCGUGAUUAUUUGAAUCGAUGUCUGAUCAGAGUUUUGAUUGGGGGAUUCUACAAGGUAAUUAACAUUUUGAGGUUUUGGGUUUGAAUGCAGGUUGUGGUUGAAGCGUGUGAUUCGUUGAUUUGGAGACAAUGAGGUUUGGGGAGACUUAUAUGGAGUAUCUGCAUGAAGAUCAGGAUCGAUUCACGGACAAAUUCUCUCAUAUCGAAUACCAGAAACUCAAGGAGGUUUUAGAGAUCUGCAAGACUUGUAAAGCUUCUCAUGAUUCCUGCGAGACUGAAUCAGAACAUGAAGAGACGCAGAAACCCACAUAUUCUCAACACUGCCAAUGCAAAUCUUGCUCAUUGUGUGAUCAAACGUUCUUUUCGGAGUUAAUGAAGGAAGCUUCAGAUAUAGCAGGAUGCUUCAAUUCCAGAGUUAAGCAUCUCCUCCAUCAUCAUGUUGCUACUGGAAUGCAGAGAUACCUAUUGCGGAUACGCCAAUGCUUCAAAAACGAUACACAAUCCAUGGUAGAGGAAGGGCAGAUGUUGAUCAAGUAUGUUACCAUGAAUGCAAUUGCGAUCUGCAAAAUUCUAAAGAAGUAUGAUAAGGUGCAUUGUUCUACCAAUGGGAAGGAUUUCAAGUUGAAGUUGCAGUCUGAGCAUAUUGAGCUUUUGCAUUCACCUUGGCUGAUAGAACUAGGGGCGUUUUGUUUGAAUUUCGAAGUAUUUGAUGAUGCAGAGUUCAGUGACUUCGCUGGCCAUUUUUCCUGUAACCUUGAUGCUGCACAACCUGUGAUAUCGCUGACACUUCCUAACUCUAUGAAUUUGGAGUAUGAUCUGACUUGUGCUAUAUGCUUGGAUAUUGUUUUUAAUCCAUAUGCUUUGAGUUGUGGUCAUUGGUUUUGCAAGUCAUGUGCUUGCGCAGCUGCUUCUGUGAUGCUCUUUGAGGGCCCAAAAGUUGCAAGUCGAGAUUCAAAGUGCCCUAUCUGUAGAGAGGCCAAUGUCUAUGCGAAAGCUGUGCACAUGUUGGAGCUGGAUCUUCUAUUGAAGAGAAGGUGCAAGGGGUAUUGGAAGGAGCGACAUACUGCCGAACGGACGGAAAUGUUGAAGCAAACUAGAGCGCUCUGGGAAUUACAGGGCCAAUAUGCGGUUGGAUAUUAGUUAUGGGGAUCUUAUGGACAUUCAAAGCUGCUGGCAUUCCACAAAUGAUUUAUUAUUGGUACGCCAUUUAUAUGCAUCUAUAAGUGCUGAAGAACAGAGAUCAGUAUUUUAUUUAGCUGGAGGAGUAAAAAAUUGCCUACACACUUCAUUUUUGUGUUCGGAAAGAUUGGCACUCGCAACAACUUGUGUUUAUAUACAUUGUAUUCUUCAAGGAUUUUUUUACUUUUGAUAUUUUAACAAACAAAUGCCUCUUGUGUUUCUAAAUUGCA